UCAAAGCGAAACUGUUAAUUUAGUGUAUUCUCGGUGUCUGUUUCAACCAUUUUUCGAGAAUGCUGGUCCUGUUACUUGGGAGUGUCCUGCUGUUAGCAGCAAAGGAGUGCGAGGCUGCAGGACUCCUUGCGUAUGUACCCUGCUAUGACUUCAACAAGGUCUUGUUCCAUGAUGAAACUUAUCAACGGGAAAAAUGGAAACCUGGAUCUAGAAAUCUUCAUCAGAGGGGCAGAAAUGAUGUGAAGAUAAUCGACCAGUUUGUGAAGGCAAAGGGGAUCGUGUAUCAGCACGUAGGAAUGGUCUGCGAGCUGACCUUGACUCACAUCCACAUCGGCCAGUACUGGAUUAAUGACGCUGGAAGUAACGAUUACCCUGGAGAAGCAGGUAUCCUGAAACAGUCACCUACCCACUUCCAGUUCUAUUUACGAACAACACGGCGCGGCCACUCGGUCGAGUUUAGGAUACAGUUCUACGGCCAGUUCUUUAUUAAGAACCACAGUCAGGCCAAGGCUUCCUUCACCUGUAUUGUAGUCAAUAAACUUUUCAACAGCGAUGGUGACCGACCGGAUAACGGCUGCGACUUCAUAAACUGGCCUUCGGCGUAGUGUACGGUAUUUAUUUUAGUUUUGUAUCAUUUUAGUAAAUGUGUAUAGUUUAGUAAUAAAAGAAAUAAAUGAAGGAAUCA